CUCUGACGGCAGACACCGACCUGCGACCCUGACCCGAGCAUAACAUUUCAAAGCGUUGACCGCAUUGACUCUUCCCCCCGGAUUGAGCUUGCACGAGGCCGAAGCAAGAUGUCCCGCUCCGGCUACGACGCCGUUGUCGACGUCGACGACGAGGGCGACCUGGGCCACACAGACCUCCAAGACGACCUCGAAUUCCACAACUCCAACUUCUCCGACCCGACCGGCGCCGGCGCCGGCUCCCGACCACAUAAAUCCUCCUCCUCCCCGCCGGGCCUGCUGCCCCUCCCCGCCACAGCCACCUCCUCGUCCCACGCGGGAGGAGGAGGAGGCGCGGCGGGGAGCAAGCGCUUCCUCUGGACGCUGUCCUUCUACGCGCAGUUCUUCGACGUCGACACGUCGGCCGUGCUGCACCGCGCCUGGGCGGCGCUGUACCCGCGCGCCAACUUCCUCGACGUGCUGGAGGGCAACCCGGACCUGUACGGGCCGUUCUGGAUCGCCACGACCGUCGUGCUGAUCUUGUUCCUUGGCGGCACCAUCAGUGAUUAUCUGGCGCGGGAGGGGAGGGGGCAGUUCGCGUAUGAUUUUACGUUGUUGAGUGGCGCGGCCGGCCUGAUCUACGGCUACACGUUCGUGAUCCCCGUGGUGCUGUUCCUCGCGCUGCGCUACUUCGGCUCCGAGAGCGCCAACCUGCUCGAGUGCUGGGCGCUGUACGGCUACGGCAACCUGAUCUGGAUCCCCGUGGCGCUCAUCAGCUGGUCGCCGAUCGCGAUCCUCAACUGGGUCUUCGUCGGCCUCGGCUUCGGCCUGUCGGUCGCCUUCCUCCUGCGCAACAUGUACCCCGUGCUGAGCGCCACCGACCGCCAGACCAGCAAGGUGCUGCUGGUCCUGGUGGUGGCGCUGCACCUCGGGCUGGCGAUCGCCAUCAAGGUGCUCUUCUUUGCGCAUGGCAGCCCGGCGCUCAAGGACAAGCCGGAUGAUAUCAGGCUGGAUCCCGACCGGCUCUUCUAG